AUGUUUUUCCAAUUUAAAGAAGAACACAGUUUUGAACAAAGAAAAGCUGAAGCUACAAAGAUUCGUCAAAGAUUCAACAAUCGUAUCCCAAUAAUCUGUGAAAGAGCUGAGAAAUCCAACCUUCCAGAAAUUGACAAGAAGAAAUACCUUGUUCCAUAUGAUUUAACUAUUGGUCAAUUUGUUUACGUUAUUAGAAAAAGAAUUCACCUACCAGCAGAAAAGGCAAUCUUUAUUUUUGUUAAUGACAUAUUACCACCAACAGCUGCUUCAAUGAGCUCAAUCUAUGAAGAACAUAAAGACGAAGAUGGAUUCUUGUAUGUUCUUUACUCAAGUGAAAACACUUUUGGUGAUGCAACUGUUGAUAUUGCAAGCUUGCCAGGUGUUAUUGAACUAAAUGAAUAA